GCCGUUGUUUACAACUCAGAUCUGCGUCUCACGCGGAACAAACUCUCUCACCAGGAUUCUACGACAUCAGGCCAAUCAGCAUCGCUGUCAGAUCUGCACAUGCGCAGACGGCGCAGAAGCUGCUGCUUCCUGAAUCGGGGUUAGCUUUCUGCUCGCUGCGGCUCCCUGCAGCAUUUAGAUGUGAGCCGAGGGGCAGAAAGUCGGGCUUCAUAUGAGAAGUGAACAAAGAGGAAGAAUUUAAACGACAGCGCAACUCGGAAACAUGGAUUACUGGAGUGCCUUGGAGGUGUAUAAGGAGAUGCUGCUGCUGUACCUGGAGGAAGGCCGGCGGCAGCUCAACUCCCGCUGCUCCCACCUGGAGCCGUGGCAAAUCAUCGGAGCGUCUGUCCUCACCACGCUGGCGGUUCUCUGGCUCAAAGCAUUCCUCUUCCAGCGAGAAAGUCUCACUUCCAGAAUCAAGAAGCAAGUCUUUCGACUCGUCAGAAAAAUACCCUUUGUUGGUGACAAUAUUCAGAAGCAGCUGAACAAGGCUCUGGACGACAUGUCCCACAGUCUGUGUACGCUGAAGGAGGGGAUGAGCUACACUCAGCAGCUGCCCACCAAAGGGCUAACUCAGAGCCAAGUCAUGGAAAAAAUCAAAGAGUAUCAAACGCUGAAUGACGUUCAGUGGGACAAAGGGUGUGUUUCCGGUGCCGUGUACUGGGGGGAUGAAACCCUGACCAAACUCCUGGUGAAGGUUUAUGGAGAUUUUGCGUGGAGCAACCCGCUCCACCCGGACAUCUUUCCUGGCGUCAGGAAGAUGGAAGCUGAGGUUGUCCGAAUGUCCUGCUCCCUGUUCAACGGUGGACCCAACUCCUGUGGAACUGUCACUUCUGGAGGAACGGAGAGCAUCCUGAUGGCCUGCAAAGCGUACAGAGACUUGGCUUGUGAGCGGGGCGUGACGUUCCCUGAAAUUCUUGCUCCAGUGAGCGUCCACGCAGCGUUCGACAAAGCAGCACAUUACUUUGGGAUGAAACUCGUCCACAUUCCUCUUGACCGGAAGACCAUGAAGGUCGACGUCAAGGCGAUGAGGAGAGCCAUCAGCAAAAACACAGCCAUGCUUGUCUGCUCGGCGCCCCAGUUCCCCCAUGGAAUCAUAGAUCCGGUUGAAGAAGUAGCCAAGCUGGCGGUGCGCUAUGACGUCCCGCUGCAUGUGGAUGCCUGUUUGGGCGGGUUUCUCAUUGUUUUCAUGCAAAAAGCUGGUUACUCACUCACCCCGUUUGACUUCAGAGUGAAGGGAGUUACCAGCAUCUCUGCAGACACCCACAAGUACGGCUACGCGCCCAAAGGCUCCUCUGUGAUCCUCUACAGCGAUAAAAAGUACCGUCAGUACCAGUACUUCGUGGCUCCAGACUGGCAGGGGGGGAUCUACGCCUCGCCGUCGGUGGCGGGCUCCAGGCCCGGAGGAAUCAUCGCCGCCUGCUGGGCCACCAUGAUGUACAUGGGAGAGAGCGGCUACGUGGACGCCACCAAGAAGAUCAUCGGCACGGCGCGCAAGAUCAGAAACGAGAUUAGAAAAAUAAAGGGGGUGUUUGUGUUCGGGAACCCGGAGGUGUCCGUGGUGGCCAUCGGCUCCGAGGACUUCGACAUCUUCCGCCUUUCGAACGCGCUGACGUCGAAGGGCUGGAACCUGAACACGCUGCAGUUUCCGUCCAGCAUCCACCUCUGCUGCACGGUGCUGCACACCCAUCCUGGCGUCGCUGAUCGGUUCAUUCGGGAAAUUAAAGAGCAGGUCGCCAUCAUCAUGAAGAACCCCAGAGAGAAAACCACAGGAAAGGGGGCGAUCUACGGCAUGGCCCAGUCCAUCCCGGACCGGUCCCUGGUGACGGAGAUCUCCAGAGGGUUCCUGGACUGCCUCUACAGCACCGAGGUACCGAAAUCCAACGUCAGCCACAUGAACGGCAACGGCAAAGCCCACUAAAGUUUAACUCUCCACGUCCUUGAACCCGAUUUCAAGGUCAAUGCGCUCCUUGUUAAAUCGCUCAACGGUUGCCUUAUUAUUUAAAACUGCACUGAGAACGUCUGCAGAGAGAGAGAAGAAGAAGAAGAAGAAGCCAUCAUCGCUUGGCUGAACCCAGAGGGAAACUGGACUUUCCUGGGUCCACCAGAACCUUUAACUUGAUUUUAACAAUGCCAUGGGACUGAGUGUGUGUGUGUGUGUGUUAUUUUAUCUUUCAUUCAUUUCAGUGUCUUGACAUCUUGACAUGUUCUCUCCUGGUGCAUCUCAAGAAAUCAAAAAAGCAUCAUAAAAUUAACCUGUUGAUGAUUUCAGUGAUUAUUUCUGUGAUUAUUCAUUCAAUCUAAUGAAAAUCUAAAAGCUUUCUUCUCUCAAGAUUAGAAUAUUACAUUCUAGGAAACUAUUGCAUCAAUGCAGCAUGGCAUGUGGAGGGGAUCAGGAAGUAGCAGUCCUGAGGAAGCCCACAGUUUUUCCUUCCAGCUAACUUUCCAUUAACUUUGCUUGUAUGCAGCCCUGCUGAUAUUUUGAUGUUAUUGGACUUGUAUAAUAAUCUCUAAGAGACUUUUAUCUUAGGUUUUCAUUAGAUUUCUACUAUAAUCAUCAAAAUAAACACGUUAACGGUUGAAAUGGUGGAAAUUUCAGACGUUUUUGAUAUUUUGAGAUGCACCUGUGUUUAAACUAUAGCGAAACAAUUCAGUUUUGUCUUCUAUUUUCAUUGUUUUUAUUUUUGUCUGAACAUUUCAGCUUCUUUCAGCAACACUUCAAAACCAGUUAGAGCUGCUGUGCUGCCCUCUAGCGUGAAAACCUGAGAACUGCAGCGAUAUUUCUGCCUCAACAUGCAGCAUUUAUUUCAUUGUGUCUUGUUGGUGCAAAGAGCUCUGCAGUCCGGCGGCCUUUCAAAUCCAUCAUAGAUGGAAAGAGAGUAAAUUUCUGCAAAAAAAAAACUAAGAAAUUUCCUUGAAAAAACUUGAAAAUUUAGAAGUGACUAAAAGUGAAAAUUUGUUAGAAAACUCUUAAAUUUACGAGUUUCAAAAAUUAACAUUUUUUGACUUUUGAAGAUUAGAAAAUUUUCAAAAGUUGAACAUAUUUGAGUUUGAAUAUUUGAGUUUCAAGUCAAAAAUUUGCAAGAAAAAGCAAAUUUUCUGAUUAAUUUUGAGACUAAUCAAAAUUUUGUAGAAAAAAUAAGAACAUUUAUGUGUUUCAAAACGUGAGUAUUUGAUACAAAUCGUUCAAAUUUUUAGAUUUACCUCAGAAAUUCUCCAAAAAAAAUUUUUUUUUUGAAAAGACUAAAAUCUGCUAGAACAACUCAAACUUUUAGAUUAAUCCUUUUUCUUGAAAAUUUCUUUCUAAAAUUUAAUAUAUUUGACUUUUGAAACUGACAAAUUUCAGGGUUGUUUUUCAGAAAACUUCUGCAAUGAGUCUCAAAAUUAUCUAUUUUGCACAUUUUAAAUUUUUCAAAUUCAAAAAUUUCCAAAAGUUGAAAAAUCCAAAUUCUUGAAACUUCGAAAAUUUAUAUAGUAGUCAAAAAAUGUUAACGUUUGAAACCCAGAAAUUUAUUUUUUUGCUGGAAAAUUUCUUAUGUGAAUCACAAAAUUUGUGUUUUUAUCUAGCAAAUAUUUGACUUUUCAAUACUAGAAAUUUCUGUGUAUUUUCUAGAAAAUUUCUGAUUUUGAUCUGAAAAUUUCUGGGAUUUUUGGUGGGAAUUUACUCCUUUAUUUUCCUGUGACGGCUGUAACACGGCGUCGUGCUGCAGGACUCUGAAAACAUCGGUCUGACUGUUUUCUCUGCCUGCCUGAGGAGUUAAUUUGUUCCCAGAGUUUCAAUGUUUGGGGCGUAAAGGAGACGAGGGGCAUUAAUAUCCAGACUCAGAUUCCAGGUUUCUUCCUAACAGACUGAAGUUUCAACUCUUGGUUUCUACUCUGUGUUUAGAGUCUUGUGCUAAUUUGUGUCCUAAUUGAAUCUACCUCAGUUUGUACUCGCCUCAUCCAGCAGGGUGACGUAUUUCCACACAACACUGGGAGUUUAUCAGGCCGCCAUGUUGACGGGUUUCAGACCCGCAGACCGGCCCGUUGGGAGGAAGUUUCCGGAAAUGUAGACGGUUAACGAAGCAAACUGUAAAUCACUUUGUCUCCGACUCGUGUUCUCCUGAUGCGGUUAAAGUAGUUUUGUGCAAUAUAUGUUUUUCUUGUGCGAAAAAGGGAGAAUCUCCUCUGUUGGCGUUUAAAUCAGCCACAUAAUAAUAAUGAUUUAAAAUAUACGGCGGCGUAUUGGGACCAUUAAUGAGAGAAAAAUGAGUAAAAAACUAACAAAUUUUGAGCUUAUUCACAGAAAUUUUCUAGAAAAAAAUUUAAAUU